ACCAUCUUUCAGUUUGAAACAUUUUCACGAGUCACUGCGGAACCAUGGGGAAAGGGAAAAGGGCUACUGUCUAUUGGGCAGCGGUUGUUAUUCUGGUGUGUUAUUUGGUACACAUGAUAGACUGCUAUCGACUGAAAAAAACACAAAGACAACACGGACAAAAAAAAGCCGAUGCAGCUAAAACGGUAGCUGUCCAAGAAGGGAAGAUUGUGUUUGGGAGAGUUUUUAAAAACGGGUCAGCCAUUGGCUCACGAGUCCUAAAGGCAGAUGCUUCCAUGGAGGGUGGAGCUGUGUAUCAAGCUGACUCUGCAGGCCUACAUUCACUAGAAGGUUCCCUGUCAGGCUGGCCUAAAGGACAAAGCCCAGAUCUCGGUUUCAGAGAAGCAGCAUGGAGGCGCAUGGCAGCUUCUCUACAAUGUGGUGGGGAUCAGUUGAAGUUCAGAGCAGUGGGACCAGGAGUAUCACAGUUUACAGUGGAUCAAGGAACAGCACCUCCAAUGCUUCUGUCCCAGGUGCCUUCCAGUUGUGGCUACAGCAUGCAGAGGAACUCCCUUGCACUUGUUAUGUUGGUUCCUUAUGAUGGCUGCAAUGUGGUUAAAGAGGGUGGAAGUUACGUGCUCCCAAUGCAUUGGCAGGGUGUUCCAGUCUCACUCUGGUGUCCCACAACUGCCACACCACAACCUGUACCCACGUACACUCCAUCAAACCCUGAGACGCUCCAGACAACCACAGAGAAACCAGUAACGGCCCAAUCUCCACCAUACCCCGCUUUCUUCCCAUUUUACCCCUUUCCUCCUGCUCCGCCAACCACCACAGCAGCGCCGACUACAACCACGCCUGCAAAUCCAACAUGGCCUCAAUAUGUAAAAUACCCCCCUCUCGUCCCUCCUUUUUACCCCUUUCCUCCUGCUCCGCCAACCACCACAGCAGCACCGACUACAACCACGCCUGCAAAUCCAACAUGGCCUCAAUAUCCACAAUAUGUAAAAUACCCCCCUCUCUUCCCUCCUUUUUACCCUUUCCUCCUGCUCCGCCAACCACCACAGCAGCGCCGACUACAACCACGCCUGCAAAUCCAACAUGGCCUCAAUAUGUAAAAUACCCCCCUCUCUUCCCUCCUUUUUACCCCUUUCCUCCUGCUCCGCCAACCACCACAGCAGCGCCGACUACAACCACGCCUGCAAAUCCAACAUGGCCUCAAUAUGUAAAAUACCCCCCUCUCGUCCCUCCUUUUUACCCCUUUCCUCCUGCUCCGCCAACCACCACAGCAGCGCCGACUACAACCACGCCUGCAAACCCAACAUGGCCUCAAUAUGUAAAAUACCCCCCUCUCUUCCCUCCUUUUUACCCUUUUCCUCCUGCUCCAACCACCACAGCAGCACCAACUACCACCACUGCAAAACCAGCAUGGCAUCAAUUUCCACAAUACGCAAAAUACCCCUUGUUCUUCCCUCACCCCCCUCCCAACCGCAACUCCUGCACAAACUACAACUGCUAACCCAGCAUGGCCUCAAUUUCCACAGCACCCCCUAAAAUAAGUUUCCACCAUAUGGCACUUUCACCUAUAUUCUCUUUUCCCUCCCAAUAUCCAACCCCUAACCCGCAGAUGACUACCACAACAGGCCCCACUUAAUGUCUAGCCUACUGAAACUCUUCUAAUAAAUGGUAUGGAAGGAAAAAAA